AUGAUUGCGAGAAGCUCUUAUCAUAUGCCAUUUUUGUCCUGGAACCUCCCACUAGAUCCUACUCCAAAGAUUUUGCCUACCUCCCCUUCAGAUCUUGCCUCUAUCAAAACGCGGGUGAUGGGGUCCAGGCCGUUGAGCCUACAUAUACCGUCUGGGAAUUUCCCUCCUGCCCGCCCCACGCUCGAUGAAGUGCUCUCCAACACAGCUCCCUUCCCUUAUACCCUGGGGGCAUUUAUGGCGUAUCUCUCCCAGAACCAUUGCUUGGAAACGUUGGAGUUCACCAUGGAAGCAAAGCGGUAUCGAGAGUCUUACCGAUCUGUGGCACGGAUGCUCGGACAGAGCUCAGUGCCUUCGGAUGUAGCCCAGACUCAGCAAUUGAUCAUCCUCUGGCGGCGUCUUUUAUCGGCGUAUAUUGUGCCUGGUGCUCCUCGUGAAAUCAACUUGUCGUCAGCAGUGCGCGAUGCGCUACUCGCCAACGCCCAUGCUACAAAGCCUCCACGACCUGAGGUACUAGAUGCUGCUGUACGAAUCAUGCAUGAUCUCAUGGAAGAGUCGAUUUUCAUUCACUUUGUGAACAGUCAGAGUUUUGGGCCGCAUGUCCCUUCUUCAAUGGAUAAUCCAUACGUCGAAGACCGCCCGCACCGGCUUCGACGGACCACGUCUCGCGGGAAAAGGAUAUCUCCGAGUGGAUCUCGAGAUGAUUCUAUGUUUAAUCGUAUGUCGGGCUCUGCUCGGAUUGCGGCGCUUGGCAAAACAGGGAGUCAGUUAUCUGAAUACAGUUCUAGCGGGGAUUCCGGAUCUCCGGUUUUUACAGAUGAUUCUGCAAGCCUUGGGUCAGGAAGUCCAAAUGGAGGGGACCCAAUGACGCCACCCACAACGCCCCCAGGGAGCGAACUCAAUUACAGCCCGAAAAGCCGGUCUGAUAAUAGUAACACGUGGAAAAAGAUGGGAGCGAAGCUAGGAUUCAGCAAGAAGAGGCCAGGCAGUGCGAGUCGUGACAGCAGAUGGGAAGAGUAA